AUGAAUUCGCUGAAAGAAAUUCGUUUUACCAGAAUCUGGAUUUUGAUUAUAUCUACGGUUUAUACGAAUUCCGCUGAAGAAUGUUUCGACGACGGCAACGAGUUCUGUAUCAACGAAGAGGACAUACUUUCCGUUGAUCUACUGCCUGGAUCAUUUCUGUUUGCGGAUCAACAAGUUAUCAAUAAUACAACGCAAAGCUUUGAUAAUGCAGCUGUGGAUGGGACCAUUUUUAAGGCAUUGAACGAAAUGGAUUAUCAUAGGAAAAAGAUGAACGAGUAUCUGUGUCAUGGUUACAUGGCUGAGGAAAUAGUGAAAAUAGUGAGCACGCCGAGAAGUAAAAGGCGGCUCAAUAUAGAAGACAGUAAUGAUCUAUAUAAUUCAAUGGACGAUGAUAACGUUACUGUUCACGAUAAAUUAUUGGCCGACGAGGGAAGUUCAAAGUACAAAAACUGGUUGCAGCGGAGGACGACUCUGGACGAUGUGUAUCGUCACUACGCACCGCAAAAGAAAAUGAAGAGAAAGCACGGUGGCCGUGACGACAAUUUCAACGAUUUCGAUGGGGAAGUGACGGGAUUCGCGAUGCAAGCUCCUCUGCCUUCUGGCAAGGUUGGCUUAUACGAAGGGCAUAGCGAUGAAAAUGAUCAUAUGCUCUCAUCCUCGUCGGGGCAAAAUUUUUAUUACGGUCAAGCUUAUGGUCAAGCUUAUGGUCACGAUGGUGGUCACUUUUUACAUCAUCCCGAAAUUAUUCCUGAAGUACACGAGGAACACUACUACGAGGCACCGAUGUAUCACGAACACAUGGAAGAAUACGAUCACAAACCCUAUUACAAGGGAAAGGGAAGCGAGCUCUCCAUAAAAGAUUUUUUCGAAAUCGCGCUUACAGCUCUCGCAUUCCUGGCUUUCGGAUGUUUUCUUAUACAACUGCUGAUGAAUGCCACGAUGAAUAUGAACACAACUAUGGUUACAAUGACAACUCAACGUGUCAAGAGGAAUAUCGCUGGGUUACCUUUGUCGUAUGCGAGCGAAGAAGAGUUGAACGAACUAUCUUAUCACGUUCUUCGAAGCAUCGAGGGAGCCCUUGUUGCUGACUUAGAUUCCGGGAAUUGCAUUCGUAGAAUUCUCUGCGAGAAUAAUCGCCGUUCCACGCAGUCUGCGGACGCACGUAAAAUUUGGGUACCUGUUUGGAGUUUGGGGAUGAGCUGGGUGUCCAGCAGGGUGUUAAAAGGAUCUCCGUGGUCGGCAAUGAUGAAUUCUGUAAAAGCUUCUGUCCUCGGCUUGGGCGGAGCCGAUUGUAGCCUCCUGUAUCCCAAUUGCGAUCUCAACAAGGAAAGGGUCAAAAGGCGCAGAAGACGGAGGAAAUAA